GAAGAGAGGAGCAGUACAAAUACAACUGGCAGUGAGGUUGUGGAAUCCAAAAAAGCAGAGGCUACUGUGAACCAGUGUGUCAGGCUCAAGAGGAGGUCCCCUCCCCACUCCAAGUGAAUACCAACAACUACACGCCUCAACAUCUGCACACUCUGACAUCUAUUGGGACCCCAACAUCUGAGCACCUCAACAUCUGUGCACCCUGACAUCUACUGAGGCCUGGAUCUCUUGCUCCUCCACAUCUGCAUACCAUAACAUCUACUGGGCCCCAACCUCUGUGGGUCUCCACAUCUGUGCACCCUGGCAUCUACUGGGGUCCCAACGUCCGUGCACCUUGACAUCUACUGGGGCACUGACUUCUACUCCUCUACAUCUGCACAUGGUAACAUCUACUGGGGCCCUGACUUCUCCACUCAAUAUCUGAGCACCCUGUCAUCUACUGGGUCCCUAACACUGUGCACCCCAAUAUCUCCAUGUUCUAGGCAGAGCACAGUCUGGUGCAGGUGCAAUUGUCUCUAGCAUUGAGCAACUGGUAAUCAGUAACCCCACCCUGUUCUCAGUUACUCAGACAAAAAAAGCCUGCAAAAGACCACUGCUAAUUCACCUGCUAGAGAAACCAGGGAAAUAGGACACCCUCCCAAGUGUGGUAAAGUGUGGAGGACCCCUAGGAGUCCUUCCUUGGUAAAAGAUAGCCAUGAAAAAUCAAUCUAAGUUACCACAUUACACAGCCCAAAGCAGCCCCGCAAUGGGUACGUUUAAUACCUCCAUGGGGAAACUGCAGCAACAACUGUAUAAGGGGGAAUAUACGAUAUUCAAGUAUGCCCCAAUGUUUGAGAGUGACUUUAUACAGGUCAGUAAAAAAGGAGAAGUGAUCGACGUGCACAACCGUGCCCGAAUGGUAACUGUGGGCAUUGUUCACACAAGCCCCCACCUCACACUACCUGAUGUCAUGUUGCUGGCCCGACCAGCUGCUAUCUGUGAUGACUAUAACAGACAUGGUCCUGCCACCCAAGAAAAAGGUUCCAAGCCUUCACAGAUCUUAGAGCUAACCAGACUGUUUCCCUUGAAGUUUGUAACAAUAUCCAUCCAUAAUGGUAAAAAACAACAGCUCCGCCUGAAGCUUGCCACUGGCCGCUCUUUUUACCUUCAGCUGUGUCCUCCUUCUAAUACAAAAGAUCUUUUCAUUUACUGGGAAAACCUUGUUUACAUUCUGAGACCACCAGUAGAGGCUUACAGUGGUUCCCAGGCCAUCCCGGUUGGAGACACGCUGGACAUAACUGGGUUUGAAGAAGAGGACAAUAGCCCAGAGACAAAUGUCAUUCAUUUCUAUGGAAGGGAUCAAGAUCAAGUUGACAUCAGGAGUCUUCACAUGAACCCUGAAUUGUUUGGGACCACCUCUUAUGGUUAUGCUGGGGAGGAAUGA